GGUGGGCAUUGAGUGUGUCCUUUCACUGUCAGUUGAAGCCUCACGCAGGGGCGGAGAUGAUCUUAGGGGCCGGGCGAUCGGAAUCGACGUUCGCCAUGCUUCGGAAUCAGAUUAGGCCGUAUGGAGGACGCAUGGGCACAUUGCUGUAUCAAUGACUGCUGCCAGGACUGAGCACACCGCUCGCCACAGCGAACUCGCAGCAGGGAGGCAGCGGACAAAGCCUGAUUGAGGCAGCCGGGUGACUCCAACUCGCACAGUCGCACUCGAGUGCACGCCGCGUCGCCUCUUGCGCGCUACCGCCACCAGCAGGCGGGACAACGUAAUCUCGCAGCCUCCCUUUUUACUUCCCUACUUAUCGCCUUCUGGGGUGCUUCCGACUCCUCGAUUCACACAUCCUUCACUCUGGACAAGCUAGCACGACAGUGGCUAUGGCCACCUCCUUCGCCGCAUAUGCGUCACAACUGCUGAACAGGCCGCAAGCCGGGACUUCGAGUCUGUCGUCAUCCCAGCCUCUCUUCUAUUCUUUCUCAACCGAGAACGGGUCUCGUGCAGGCAAUCCCGAGGACGCUGAUCUUGACGACCUUGACGACCUUGACGAUCCUCAUCUGAACGCGAUGAGCAGGGACACCAUGAGGGGGCAGCGGAGUAGAGUGGACGAAGAAGACGAGGAUCCCUAUUUGCGGCUAGACGAGGAGGAAGCAGGCAUGUCAAGACAUCAGGCGCAGUCUGUACCUCUCCUUGGUGUCUCUCAAGACGAUGGUGCGAAAGGCUGGCUUGCGCACGCCUCACCGCUGCGCUCGCCAUCGCCUUCACCCUCGUCGUCCUCGGUUGACUCCGGGCACCCGCCGCCAGAUAUCAUGGCGGCGACGUCCAGACCACCGAUACGCACCGAACGAGUACCUCCACCCCUGCCUCCACCACGAGCGGAGGUCGCCCUUUCUUUGACUGAGUCGCUAUUGCCUCGGGAUGGACGGACGCGACCACUGGACGUCUUCUCACUCCCGGAUCCCAGGUUUGUCCCAAAGAGUAGACGGAAGUACAACGACUCGUCGUGGACAGCAGCCUGGUGCGCAAGCGUCGGCACAUGUCUGUUCUUCUCCAUCCUCGUCCUCUUCCUCACGCGUCAACCCGACAACCGCCAUCGAGUUAUCCUACCAUAUGUCACCCUUCUGCAUACCGUCCCCUUGCUCACGAUACUGAUCUUCACGAGUGCAUGUGUGGCCUACGCACACGUCCUUCUCCUACGGAUAUUUGUGAAGCCCGUUAUGAUCGCCACUUCAGUAUUCAUACCGGCUACAUUGUUCAUCUCGGCCAUCUGGGCGUUUGUGGGUAGCUUCAUGUGGGAUGGGAACCAGGAACCAACAUGGGGAGAGACGGUCGGUCUCCGUUUAUUCUCAGUAGUGCCUCUAGUCCUCUCACUACUCACUGCGCGGCGACUGCUUGACCUUCCGAGGGACAUUCAUACUGCAUCCUCAUUGCUCACCCUGACUACUCGGCUGCUCAUCGCGAAUCCCUUCCUCCUCGCGCUUUCGCCCGCUGUCCUCCUUGCAUCUCUGCUGCUCUCCAUCCCGUUCAUCACCCUGGCCUUCCGCUUGCUCCUCAUCGGGUACUUCACUCAGGCAUCAAGCACAUCUGGUUUCGAAUGGCACGUUCGAGGAUGGGCAAACUGGUCGAUAGUGGGGGCUCUUGGUGUUUGGCUAUGGAGCUGGGGCGUGGCCCGUGGCUUGCUCCGUGCCAGCUGUGCGGCGACGAUCGGUGCAUGGUACUACGCUGACCCCUCGUUACCUCCUCCGCCCCCGACUUCCACGCACACCAUCCAUGCUGCGAUCACACGGGCGACGCAGCCGUCCCUGGGCUCGAUCGUCCUCUCGGCCCUGAUCCUAGCGGGGAUCAGGCUUCUCGGCUUGCUGACGACAGGGCUGCGGAUGCUCCCGUACUACCUCCCGCCACAUCUCCGCUUCAUGAGCGUCGGCGCCGGUAUGCUGGUGGCGUACAUGGAGACCAUUACGGGCACCCUCAGCAAGUACGCCCUGAUCUACGUCGGCCUGACGGGGGAUCCGUUCUUCCCAAGUGCUCGGAGGUCGCGCGCCUUGACGGCUGCGGUGGAGCAUUCGUCUGCGAUCAAUUACCGACGCAGGUUCAGGACUGAGCCGCCUCUCACGCUACUCACUGUCGCGCCGCUCACGCUGACAUUCCCGUUUGCGCUCGGGACGUACCUGUUCGUUGCACAUACUCUGAACGCACCGGACCAGGCGUUGUUCGCGGCGAUGCUGGCCGGUUGUAUCACUGCUUUGGUGGGCUCGUUCUGCGUCGGCCUUGUGAGAGAUACCGCGGACACGCUCUAUAUUUGCUACUGCAUAGACAAGGAUAUCGGAUUAAGACGCAGAGACGAAGUCUUCGAGGCGUUCGAGUAUCAAAGUGCCAGGCGAGCACAACCGGCGAAUUUCCGGGCGCCACCGCAACGGAUGCCUGAGCCGCAGCAACCUCGCUCUCGCCUCGAACCCGCGGUGCAGAUGCCGCCUCCACGGGCGGAGACUCCAGAUCCUUUCGAGCAGUCUCCCACCGAGGAGGAAGAACACCCCUACCCUGACUCGAUGUCGCCCUCUUCAUCCGCAUUCAACUCGAAGUCCCGGCUGCCCCUGAGUCGGCGUACGAGUAUGCUAGACCCAGUCCUCAGCACUACACUUCCGCCGCAUCAGGAGAGUGACGAGGACAGCAUGCAGGAUGAGGACCUGCCGCUGUUCCCCGGCUCCGAUCUCUUCUGAUAUACAUACGCACUGACUGUCAAUGUCGUCAAGAUCCCUUCAUGUCUUCACGGGCCAUUCUUAUGUAUUAUAUCUUCAUCUCGCUGUCGACCAGGACAUUGUUAGCUCGUUGCAUCCUUGGUGGUACGUAGUCGGAUGCUGCCGUCAAUCCUGACAUUGCAUAUAGGUAUGUUCAUAGACUGAUACUCUGAUCUCAUGUUGUGU